AUGGCCAGAAGUCACUACUUCAAAAAUGUUUCAAUUGUUGAGGAUGAUCCGAACAUCAUAAUGAGCACGAUUCUCAACUACGCGACUCCCAUUCAAAACGUGUUAUUAAUGAUCUCAGUCCUCGGAAAUGGCUUAUUAGUUGGUUCAUCUCGAUCUCUUCCCGCUCCCGUAUCUCCUUACCUAAAACUAUGUGUAUCUCUGGCGGCUGCCGACCUUUUAACUUCUCUACAUUUGUCUUGGAAAAGUAUUCUUUCUUUUAUCAACAUUUCUAUGGGUAUGAAACUUUUCACACCGUGUAUGUUUGCUGUCAACGAAUCUUUACGGCUCUCCUCCAUGCUAUGCUCAAACUUGCAUCUCUUCGUGCUGGGUUUGAAUCAUUUUGUCGGCACAUUGUGGCCAAUCCGACACAAGGUUUUCGUCACUACAAAAAGAAUGCGCUAUGUUCUGAUCAAUCUAUGGCUUAUCCCACAUCUUGUUGUUUUCACAUGGUUUUGGUGGUCAUCAAUAACUGAGUUUAAAAUUGGGAAUUGUGAGCUGCGCUUUUAUUUGGCUUUCCCAUUUCGAUUGACAAUUUUCUUGCUAUCAUUUAUUCCAAUGGCUUCAACUGUGAUAAUGUACGCAGUGAUCGUUCGUUGCUUGACGAAAGCUCAAACAAGAAUGGUACGAAGCGGUCAUAGUAGUGACGAUCCACUCACGCGGAAAUGUAGCUUGGAAAGUACGACUCAGAAAAAGAUGAAACUCGUGUGGACGAGUCUGAUCAUCGUUUCUUCAUAUUGCUUCUCAUGGGGUCCGCAAACGAUUUUCUUUGUGACGGUUUGCCAAUCCGGUUGCCCAAUCACAGCCUACACCGAAAUCAGCUUUCGUACAGCGGCCAUUCUUUCUCAAUCAAUUCAGACUUUGGUAGUGCUGAAAAUGGCGGCAAAUCUAUUCAUUUACACGCUACGAAUGGACAAAUUUAGACAGUGCAUUGGGAAUGAUUUGAGGAAAUUAAAAUCUCUAUUCAAUACGCUUCGAAAUCUGGCAAGCAAAGUUCUUUUCAAAUAUAGAGCACCACUUCGGAAAAAUGUUGUUCCGGAAUUCUCUAUGUCUCCAAUCAUCCACGACACCAAAGAAUUCUCUAUGUCUCCAAUCAUCCACGAAUUUUACCUCGAUCACGGUGAAAUAAGCAAA